AUGUUAGGGUUCCAUACCAACAGCAAAAGCAGCAAUUAUAGCUCUGAUAUGUGUACUUUACAAGAUGGUAACAGCAAGGUGUUGUUCAGUAGCAAGAAAACGCCUUUUGUAAAAUGCAAUUAUUGUUCCAAAGAGGUGGUUAAAAAUGGGACUAGAAUGGCCCAACAUUUAAAGAAAUGUUAUAAAUGUCCUAAUUUGGUAAAACAAAAAUAUUUAAAAAAUGUUACUGAUAAGGAAAAUAUAGAAAUAAAUGUCAUUUCAUCACCUGCAUCAUUAUUAAAUUACGUUGAUAAAAUAGUUCCAAAAACAGAACAGAAAGCUACUGAACUUUUAAGUAGAGCAAUAUUUGCCAGCGGAUGUCCUUUUAGGUUAGUUGAAAGUAAAUAUUGGCAAGAAUUUUUCAAAUUUAUAAGACCUGCUUUUACGGUCCCUAGCAGGCAUCAUAUUUCUGGAGACCUUCUUGAGAAAGAAUAUGAAUCUGUUAAAUCUACUGUUGAAGAAAAAAUUGCGUCAACUGAUUCUGUAGGGAUUAUGUGUGAUGGGUGGAGUAAUAUUCGCAACGAGUCCAUAAUCAAUUUUGUUGUUACUACUCCUACUCCACUUUUGUACAAAACUUUGGUCACGGGAAAGCAGCCUCAUACAUCUGAGUAUUUAGCUAAUCAAAUAAAUAAUGUUAUAGAAAAAAUCGGCAGCCAAAAAGUUUUUGGUUUAGUAACUGAUAAUGCAGCUAACAUGAAAGCGGCUUGGAAGAUUUUAAAGAAUAUGAACGCUAAUACCAACCUGUAUAUGUAUGGAUGUUUUGCUCAUUCCCUUAAUUUGUUGUUCACAGAUUUUAGAAAUUUAAAAACACUUAAGGAUUUUAUAAAUGAAGUUGUCUCUAUUAUAAAAACAAUAAAACAAUCACAUAUUUUAUUAGCUGCUUUUAAAGAAAAACAAAAUAAAAAUGCAAGUAUCUUAAAAUUGCCAAUAGUAACCCGAUGGGGUUCUAUCGUAACAAGUUUAGAAAGUAUUUCUAUAAAUAAACAUGCUUUACAAUCCCUUUGCAUAGACGAUAAUAUUCAAGGCAUUCUUCAAAAGCAUGCGUCAUUCAAAAAUAACAUUUUAAAUGAAAAUUUUUGGGUAAACGUUCAAGUUUUUCUAGAGAUGUUAAAGCCUAUAGCAACUGCUAUAAAAUUUAUCGAAGGGGAUCAACCGCAGAUGUCUUCUAUUGUUGGAAUUUUUAAAAAUCUAGAAGAGCAUGUUAACAAAACGGACGCAAUUCAAGCUAUUUUUGAGGCUUCGCAAAAAAUUCCGGAGAUUGAUGAAAACACAAUUUUAAUGGAGCUUGCAAAUUAUCAAGCAAAGGAAGAUUUUUUUAAAAAAGAUUUUUUAUGGCUGGCUGUUGAAAAGCUAUCUCCCAUUGCAUGGUGGAAGGGGUUUUGUAAAAAUACACAAAUUUCAAAAUUAGCAGUUAGAUUUUUAUCGCUUCCUGCCACAUCUGCGGCUUGCGAAAGAAGUUUUAGUACAUACGGAUCCAUUCAUACAGCAAAAAAGAAUAGACUUACUAACGAAAAAGCUGCAAAGUUAGUAUAUAUAUCACACAACCUACGAUUAACAGAAGUCCAACUUUCCACUCCAAUACGAGAAACUGACAUAAAAGAAUUAAAUAAUAUGGACACAAGUAUACCCAGCACAUCAAAGUCUUUGGAUGCUUUAGAUGUUGACUCAAUCACACCGAGUACAUCCAAAUCUUUAGAUGCUUACAAAUCUGAUGAGAAAGAAAGCUCAAGCUCGGACGAUUCAUCAUUUAGUUUACAUGACACAUCGUCCGAGCUUGACUUUGAAUCAGAUUAA